CAGCCCGAAGUUGUGACUCCUCGAUGGUUCUGUAGAGCGUUCAUUCACUCCGUCGUGCUCUACUCUCGACCCAUCCACGCGGCACAUUGCCCCCUUAGCUCAGUUCGCUUCGUCAUGCCUCCCCUGCCUGACCUCUCCACCGCCACUGUCCUCAUUACCGGAGGCACGUCGGGGGUAGGCCGAGCACUCGCUGAGCGAUUCGCAAAAUCAGGGAGUAGAGUCUUUGUAACGUCUCGUCGACCUCCUCCAGACCCGUCCACUGUCAAGUUGGAUAACGGAGGGACCAUCACGACGAUUCAAAGUGAUGUCUCUAAAUCGUCGGAACGUGAAAGUUUAUACGAAUAUGUGAGAGAGCAUCUACCUCGACUCAAUAUCCUGAUCAACAAUGCUGGGAUCGCUAGACCUGUUCCGAUGUCACAAGAUGGUCCAGGAAUCUCCUGGACUGAACGUCAGCUAGAAAUCGACACAGUCGUCAGUGGACCUAUCCAUCUCACCUCAUUACUCGUCCCGCUCAUGUUGGAGAAUGAGACAGAGGGCCAAGUGAUCAAUGUGACGUCUGGGACUGCCUUCUUUCCCAAUCCCUCCGCGCCGCUAUACGCAGCUUGUAAAGCUGCUGCUAGGUCGUAUACUAUCACUCUGCGAUUCGCACUUCGCGAGACAAAGAUUGGCGUGACGGAGAUCAUCCCGCCAAUGAUUGAAACGGGUCUCGACGGGAGUAAAGGUGGCAUUCAACUAUCCGACUUUAUGGACGGUAUUUGGCCAAAAGUCUUGCAAGGCGAUGAGGAAGUUGUGUAUGGUAUCACGGAUUCUGAUCUGGUCAAGGAGGCGAGAGACAUUCAGGACAAGUGUUUCGGACAGAUGAAGCAGUACUUGAUGGAUAUCGACCACUAUGGGAAGACGGAGGCGAAGUAGGCUAGGCUUUGGGCGUUAAUUGUAAGGUAGGGGUGUGAUGCUGAAUGACAGCUGAGAGUGAGAGGC